AUGGAGAAAAGUAAUCGUUUUGUAGAGCUGUACUAUUAUCUCCAAGACCCCCAUCUUGUCGCUCGAUUUCAGCGCUUUUGUGGGGUACACGGGACGUUUUCGAAGACCGUCUCUAGCAAGGAAGCAGACCGGACUCAGUCGCACAACAACGGGGCUUGCCAUCGUCCCAUCACUGGGGGAAAUGAGAGUGAAAACAUGGCCGGUUUCGGAGGAGCUGGGGAAGGAGAAACAGCAGGACUGGGUGUUCGGAAGAGGGUGAAAAACAGAGGGGAGGAAAGUGAAAAUCCUGCCCAGAAUGGAGCAUCUGUGUCUGCAACAGACUCCGGGGGAGAAACGGUUGCUGUCUGCAAUAACGGUCGUAGUCUCCAAUGCGCUACAACCAUAAGUCACAGCGCUGCACAGCAUGUAUUUUCAGCGGCAAACGAAGAGAGGGAGACGGGGAAAGAUAGUGACGACCCCCUAUCUAGCAGCACGGUAAAACCCCUCCGUAAAAACUCUCUAACAGGCGACGUGGGUCAGGAGUUCCUCAUCGGGAACCGGUUCCUGUACUACAUGUUCACCUUCGCAACCGAGAUGGGUAACGAGCUGUUCUACAUCAUCUUCUUCCCCUUCGUUAUGUGGAACAUGGACGCCUUAGUGAGCAGGAGGCUGAUCAUGGUGUGGGUCUGGGUCAUGUACCUGGGUCAGUGCACCAAGGAUGUGAUCGGCUGGUCCCGACCCGCCUCACCACCUGUGGUCAAGGUGGAGAUGUUUUACAACUCUGAGUACAGCAUGCCGUCCACACACGCCAUGUCGGGCACUGCCAUCCCCUUCUCCCUGUUCUUCAUGACCUACUGCCGGUGGGAGUACCCGUUCUCACUGGGCUUCAUCCUGGCUCUCUGCUGGUGUCUGCUGGUCUGUGUCAGCCGAAUCUACAUGGGAAUGCACUCGGUCCUGGACGUCAUAGUGGGCGUCCUGUACAGCAUCCUGAUCCUGCUCUUCUUCCUGCCGCUGCUGGACCUGAUCGAUGGCUUCAACCUGUCGCACCGCUACGCCCCGCUCAUCAUCGUCUGCUUCCACCUGGGCCUCGCCCUCUUCUCCUUCACCCUGGACACCUGGAGCACCUCGCGGGGCGACACCGCUCAGAUCCUGGGCACGGGGGCCGGCGUGGCCCUGGCCUCGCACGUCAACUACCACCUGGGUCUGCUGCCCGACCCCACCCCGGAGCAGCUCCCCUACACCAUGCCCCCCCUCAGCGCUGGCCUGGUGGGCCUGUCCGUGCUGCGGCUCGUCCUGGGCGUGCUGGUGCUGAUGGCCAUGCGGGCGCUGAUGAAGGCCCUCACCCUCCCGCUGGUGUGCCGGCUGUUCGGGGUGCCCAGCACGGACAUGAGGAAGGCCCGGCAGCACAUGGAGGUGGAGCUGCCGUACCGCUACAUCGUGUACGGGACGGUGGGCUUCGGCGUGGGCUUCCUGGUCCCGCUGCUCUUCAGCUACCUCCAUCUCUCCUGAUUGGAUGCGCUGGUUGGAAAACAGUGAAGUUACAGUCAUCUAAUGCUGUUCACAUCCAGAACCCCUCUUUAAGUUCUCUGGGUUGGAUCUAAGGGGAAUUAAAGCCUAAAAUCUGAUCUGGGUGUUUUCAGUUUUCCUAAUGUUGGGAUCAGCAAGCAUGAGCCGGGAAAACUGGUACAUUUUAACGAUUCUGAGACCAGUGAUAUCUUUCAGAUCUGUUCUUUUAGAUUUAUUUAAAAUGAAUAUAAAUGGCGCCUCCAGAUCCCGGGUCAAACCGGGUCGGAGCCAAACAACCACUCCUCCUCCUCCAGCAGAUGAAUUCAUAUUAGAUCAGAUUCUAAAGACUACAGACACCACUGAUGGCUACUGAUAAAUAACCUGUGUCUUACUAUUUACAAUUUUUAUGAAUGCAUUUAUUUUUAUUGAGAUUUCCGACAAAGAACCACACAAGUACAUUUUUGGAAGACUGACAUUUGUACUGCAUUUAGCUGCAACGUGUCAGUGCCUUCAGGUGUACUGGAAGGCAGAGUUUAACGACUUCACACUGAAAUAUACCAAAUGCUGUCUGAAAAGGGUUUAGAAACUCACCUCAAGCCUCUUCAACAAGUACCCAACACAGCUAAUGGUACAAGGCUGCAGUUUCAUCGUUUUAUCUGUAAAAUGAAAGAAGAAAUGAUGAUAAAUGGUAUUGUUAAAACUCACCAAAAGAGCAACACCCAAAAUAUUCAGUUGAAAUCCUAAAAAACAAACGCAGCAAAUCCUCACAUUUAGAGGAUCUGCAUCAGUGAAUAUUUUGAGUUCUUGAGGGAAAAGAUUGAUUGAUUAUUUAAAUGUUUUUCAUUCAGUGUUUAAACUUUGUGUGGUUCUUUGUCACAAAGCUUAUCAAUCAUUCAUACACUUUCUUUUUUUACAUCUCAAAGCAAUAUGAUUUUAUACUUCCAUAUUCCUGUAUCAGAGUUUAUCCUGAUCCCCCCCCCCCCCCCCCCCCCCCACCUGUGGAGUUGACACCUGUGUUUUAAAUGUGUUAAACUUUUAGUGUUAGACUAAAACAAAUCGACGUGUGUCAGGAAUCCAAAUUGGAUCAUUUUGUAGGUGUUUAAUUGCAUGUGUAUAGUUGUUCUAAAGGGCUCUCCCCACUUUCUCUCGUUGUCUCUUUGUUCAGGGGAAUUAUCGUCUGUUCUGAGGUUGAUAUUUUGUUCCUUGCUGGAGAAAAGCAUUUUAUGAUCCAGAAGGAAGUGACACUUUGUUUGGGAAAUGUACAGAGAAGUUUAAAAUAGUUUUUUAUACGGGAUGACAGGAACUGGACUCUGCUUAUUUUUCUUUCCUCUAACACUGUAAACUGAUGGCCCUCCACUUCCUGUGCAGAGAGAGUCUGUCGGCAGGAGGAGAGAUAGCGCUGAUCUCAGGAGGGAAGACGCGUGGAUCGCUGACAGCGAGGUCAGGCAACAAAUGCAUAUCCUGCACAAUACAGAUGUAUAGCUUUUCUCAGCUAAACCAUUCAGAUUUUAGAAGAGAGAGAGAAUUAGAAAAUAUACACAAAAUAAUAUUUCAAUUGUGGAUCUCAUUAGAAAUCUCUCAAAAUGAUCAUAGUAGCUGAGAGAAUGCAUACAAUCUUAAAAUAACCUGCCUUUUUUUCCUCAUUUAUUUCUGACUGUUGUUCAAAUCUCGAUUUAACUUACAGUGCGAGAAGGUUUUUACUAUUAUUAAGGAACAAGUCAAAAAAGCAGACAUUUCUAAAUGUGUACUUCACUUCUUCUAGUCCAGCUUGUCAAAUCUUUUUAGUUGAUUCUAAAAUGUUUGUGUCCAUGAUCGCAGCAUUGACCGAAAUAACUGCCUGCAGCCCUAAACAAGAUGGAUGCGUGAUAGAUUUUCACGUACGAUAAAACAUGCGUUGAAACGUUUUUUAUGGGAUAAAACUUGCUGUGAGAACCGUUUUUUCUCAGCGUCUACACAGACUUUCUCUCCUCCUGUCGACCUCUCGCACAACAACUGAGUCACAGAAAUAAAGAAAGACCACUAAAACUGCUUCAGUGGAAAUCCACUCAUCUGUGGACACAUCUGAACUGUUCCCCCUGUGCCUAUUUUAUAUAUAAAUAAGAAGAUGAUUAUCAUGAACUGGGAGGAAACGCCCAGUUAAACAGGUGUAACUGCAAACCACUGUGCUUCUCUUCAGCAGAACAUCUUUCAGAAACACCAGGGAUGUUUCCAGAUGUCAGCCUCACACAUUUCCCAGUGCAGAAAGACUGAACCUCUGCACAGAUUCACACAUUCCUCCUCGUGUUGCUCCACUGCAGCGGCUGUGGGUGAAGUGCCUUGCUCGAGGGCACUUUUAGAGGCAGAGUGCUGAAGACCAACAGAGAUCAAGAGUCUUAUUGGCAGCGACUUGUAUGUUGUUUGUACGGUACUGUCAUUGUAUAAAUGCACUGUUCCCAGAAUGCACUGUGUCCCCCCUGAGCCAGGCAGGCGGAGGAAGCUGGUCCUAAAUGUUCAUAUUAGGCCAGAGUUUGUUAUCUUAUUAGAAAACUGUUAACGCUUUGUGAGGAUUUAAAGCAGGGUUCAGGUCUUUAACUGCAGUCAGAUAUUAGUGUUGUCUUUUAAUUUUGUAAUACAUCUAUUUAUGAUUUGGUUUCAAAAAAAUUCAAAAUUCAGAUAACUGAUAACUCUCACACAGGAACUCAAACUAAUUGGUUAUCAAAAGAAUAGUUUUAACUCAAUAAUACAUCAGUAAGAAUAAUCCAAUAAUGAUUCAACAUAAACCACCAGGAGUACUUUUAAUUUGGAAACUUCAGGAAUAUUGUUUCGAAAAUACUUCUUGCUGUCUGUUCAAAACUAAUGCAGGUAACACACAAUUACUGAUUACUUGCAAACUACUUACUACUAUACUACUUACUAGUAAACAAAUAAUUUUGACCAGAUUACAUUUGAAUAAUCUGAUCGUAUCCUGAACAACAUAUUUAAAAGCAUCAGUUUUAAACCUGACAUUUCUCUUGUAAGCAAAUAGAAAGCUUUGGACCUGCUUCCCCUUUAGCCCGGCUGUGAUUGGUCGAUUCACUUCCUGUUUCCUUGCCUUGUGCACGAACAUAUUUCUGUUUGUUGGUGUGUUUUUGUCUGAAUGUGGUUUCCUCUCUGAACCAGUGAAACAGGAAGUUUCAUCAACAAAACAGACAACCCCUUAAACCUGAGGUUGAGUUACAUUUGUUCAGUCUCACAUGCCCUCCUUUCUGACAAUAGAUAUUAAACCUGUUAUUAUUCAUCCUUUGAUACACAUGAAGGUUCAAUAUGAGAGUGUCUGUGUUUCUGCAAAGUGUGGAUAACAUGGAAUUCAAACAUGAUCAUUUAGAGGUUUUGGAAGAGUUUAGUUAAAAUCUACAUAUUUUGUCUUGUGGUGUUUAAGAUGACAAGUUACGCAAAAGUGAAUUAUUGACCUGAAAUUAUCAUUUUCAACCACAACUGGGACACUGUAGAUAUAUUUAGUAAACUGCCAUAAUCAGAAGAAGCUUUGAACGUGUUGGUGUGUGUUUACAUCUUGGCAGCCGGACAUUUCCUCUGCACAGUGUUGUUUUUAUGGAAGAUUUGAUUUAAUCUGUGGUGACUUUUUUUUGUUAUAGAAAGCGCUGGCAUCUGAUAAAGUAAAAAAAAAAAAAAGAUUAAAUAAGUGGGAAAGAUUCUGUGUUUACAGUCCUCAGAAAACCCCAGAUUUAAUAAAUUUUUAUUACAAAUUCAUAAUGAACCCCAACAUUUUUGUGGCAUCUUUUAUGUCCAAAUGUCUUCUUUCUAAAACCCAAGCUCUGCUCUGAAAAACAUGAACAUAUUUUUGUCUUCUUUCUUCCUCAAAGACUGGAUCUCAGAGAGUUUUUAUACAGAAAAUAUUUCUCACGUUGACCAAAUAUACAGAGGGGUUGAUCUGGGUAGCUCCAGCUGCUCCUCGCUUCCCUUUAGUGCCUUGAUUGUUCAGAAAAAUGUUAUGCUAUGUGUUAAAAUUCAUUUGUUUUGAAUUACCUUUCAUCCUGUCCUAUCGUGUUGCCUUUUGCACUUUGUAGCUGCGUUAAUGUGGAAGAAAUGACUGAAGCAUUUUCCCACACUGUCGUUCAUUUGUCACUGCCUUUUUUCAAAUGUAAGUGAGUCACUGUCGUUCAAAGCUUUGUGUCAAUGUUAAAUAAAUUCAAGAAGAUAUUGAACUUUU